UUAGUGGCUCUGCAGAUAAAAUCAAAAUAACAACAACAAUGGCGUUGAAGACUGAAUUUGUGUCAGUGCCAAUGCAAACUGAAUAUGACAACUGUUUUACAAGUGCAAAUGCAGAAAAUACAUGUGAAGACAGCGAAUUGAAAGAAAAAUUUGAUCAACAACUAAAAGAUUUCUAUGACUCUCAAGGUGGACGCCAAAAGCCAUGGACAAUUGCACGGGUUGUAGAGGUUAUAUCACAUCUUAAAACUGCCAAGACUGCCAUCGAAUUGGGUAUUCGACGGACACCUCCGCAAUAUUACUGGGGCAAAAGAUGCGAUUUAAUUAGUAUUGACGAUGAAGAUUAUCUGAUUUUAAAAAAAAGUACUCCUGAUGACCCCACUGUUCGUGUGAUACCUAUAGAGAAGUACUAUGACUUUUUAUUAGAAAUUCAUAAAGAAAGUGGGCACGGAGGUCGUGAUAAAAUGCUGUACAGUAUAAAAAAUAGAGGACUCUACAUACAAAAAAAAGCCGUUGAAAUAUUCGUUGCCUUAUGCUCAAUCUGCAAAAGGAAAACCCACAUACCAAGGAAAAAUGCAUUUAUGAAGCUUACAAGUUUAACAGGUUUUAACGUUCGUGGUCAAGUUGAUUUAAUAGAUUUUCAGACAGCGCCAGACGGGGAAUACAAGUGGUUAUUAAGUUACCAAGAUCACACCACCAAAUUUCUUCAGCUUCGGCCACUCCGAAGUAAAGAGGCAUCUGAAGUUGCUUCAGAAUUAGUGAAAAUUUUUUUAACUUUUGGUGCACCAACUGUUUUGCAAAGUGACAGUGGUGGGGAGUUUACUGUUGAAAUUCUGGAAAAGAUCAUGAAAAUGUGGCCAGAUUGCAAAACUAUACAUGCAAGCCCCCGACACCCAGAGACCCAGAGUUGCAUGGAACGCAAUAACCAAGAUGUAGAGAAUAUGCUCCGCAUAUGGAUGGUUGCUAAUGAUUCUACAAGUUGGUCUAUUGGAUGCUAUUUUGUACAAUACCAGAAGAAUACAUCAUAUCACAGAAUCAUAGGAAGAUCACCUUAUCGCGCUGUAUUUGGAUGUGAUCCUAAAUCUACAUUAGAGAACAGUGUAGAUUCAUAAAGCAGAUAGCCAUUUAAAUUUAUAAUCAGGUUGCAACAUAUUAUGUAGAGUGUAAAAGCAGAAAAAAUAAAUUUUUGUUGUAUUAGUAAUUAAAAUCAUUUGCGAUUUUGUUAUGAUGUUAUUAUAGUGAGUUGAAGCUUUAAGAAGGCUUUUCACUUACGAAGGAGUAUUAAAUUAGUUCCAAAAAAUGUAAACUUCCAACUUAUUUCUUUUUAACAUGCUUGUUAUUUCUGAUUUACUAACAUGUAUACAUAAAUUCUCAUUAAGGGGAUAUAUUAUAUACCCUUGUAGAUGUUAUUAAAAUUUUAAGGACCAAAUUCAAUUUUGGGGUGAUUUUUUUGUAUAUAGGAUUGUAUUUAUUCAGAUUUUUAAUAUUUGUCAAUGGAUGUUAGUUCAUUAUAAGAAUUGUUAUUUAUUUUUGUAUGCUAACCGUAUGCUCUCUGUAGGGAUUAAAUUGUAUGGGUGUCAAGACCAUCUUACCUUAUAGAUGUAAU